ACCGACUUAACAAAACUGGUGUUUGCUGACCAAUUCAUCCAGCUCAAAUCACUGCUCAGUUCGCACCAGGUGUACGGCAUUGGUGAGAACAAGGCCAAAUUCUUAAAAAGCACCCAGUGGCAAAUACACACACUAUGGAACCAUGAUAAGCCAGUCGCUGAUAACUUCCCGGAGUACGGUUCCCAUCCGUUUUAUCUGAACGUCGAGGACAACAGCACCGGUCUAUCGCACGGUGUGUUUCUGCACAACUCCAACGCUAUGGACCUACUGUUACAGCCGGAGCCGGCCAUCACUUGGCGCCCAAUUGGAGGCAUUUUAGACAUAUUUAUAUUUCUGGGUCCACACCCGGCAGAUGUUGCCCGAGAUUACGUCAGUCUCGUAGGUAAGCCUGAAAUGCCUCCCUUUUGGGGUCUGGGCUAUCAUCAGUGCCGGUGCUGUACUGAACCCAACACUCUGGCCAACCAAAAGGUGAUUACUGAGCGCACUAUAGCCGCCGGCAUACCCUUUGACACCCAAUGGAAUGCCAAGGAGUAUAUGGAGACUACGUUUAAUGAUUUUACGGUAGACCAGAACCGGUACAAAGGGUUUGGCGAUUGGGUCAGACAUUUGCACGAUAUUGGUAUGCAUUACGUGCCCAUUAUUGACCCGGGCAUAGACCCAGCUCAAAAAUCUGGUACAUACGCGCCAUUCGACGAUGGAGUGAGCAUGGACGUAUUCAUUAAAAAUCACACCGAUGGUUUAUUUAUUGGCCAUACGUGGCAAAAGUCGGGCAAAACAGUUUGGCCCGACUUUUCGCACCCAAAAUCAGCCGAAUACUGGACCAAACAGUACCGGGAGUUUCACAAACAGGUGCCCAUCGAUGGCUCCUGGAAUGAUAUGAACGAGAUCUCAAACUUUUUGGGCGGAUCUAUAACCGGGUGCCCUAAGGGUAACCCACUUGAGGCGCCUCCCUAUGUGCCAAAACAACUGAGUAAACUGCAAGACAUGACACUAUGCAUGACUGCUAAACAUCACGCCGGCGUUGACUAUAAUGUGCACAAUUUGUACGGCUUUUAUAUGGCUAUGGCUACCGAUGUUGCGUUGAAAGAGGUGCGACAAAAGCGGCCGUUUGUCAUAUCCCGGGCCACAUCGCCCGGUCAGGGCAAGUACUCCGGGCACUGGGAUGGAGACACCGAUACUGACUAUUCAAACAUGCAAUGGACUAUUGCUUCGAUUAUGAAUAUGAAUAUGUUUGGCAUACCGUUAGUUGGGGGCGAUAUAUGUGGUUUUCUGGGCAAAGCAGAAAACAACACAUUUCAUCAGGAGUUGUGCGCUAGGUGGUUUGAAAUUGGUGCAUUCUAUCCGUUUGCUAGAAAUCAUAACAUGAAGAAAAUGGACCAGGAUCCAGUGGCUCUAGGUCCAAUGGUCACUCGCGCGGCAAAACAAGCGUUGGAAACCCGAUACGCCCUGCUACCUUAUUUAUACACACUGUUUUACCAAGCCAAAAUGUACGCAGAAACCGUAGCUAGGCCACUUUUCUUUGAAUUUCCAGCCGAUAAACACACGUACGAACCGGCAGUGGCCGAGAGUCAGUUCAUGUGGGGCCAGGCAUUCAUGAUAGCGCCUGUAGUCGAACCCAAUGUGACCAAAAUCAAGCCCUACUUACCGGCGGGUAUUUGGUAUCCGUUUCAUUACCCCACGUUUGAUAAGCCUAUUGUGAGUAGCGGUCAGUUCAUGGAGUUUGACGCCCCGGUAGACAAAGUGAAUACAUUCUUAAGGGCCGGACAUAUAGUGCCGAUACUACCCGUCCAGCAGACAACCACUGCUAUGCAAAAGGAAAAGUUUAUCAUCCUGGCUUUUCUUGAUAAAGCAACUGCACAUGGUCAGUUAUAUUGGGAUGAUGGUGAUUCCAUAAACACAGUUGAGCAUGGACAGUAUACACUAGUUACUUUUGAUGUCACUAAUAAUACCUUGGUUACAAAACCAGAGCACAAUGGCUAUAAGGAUGUUGUAGUGGGCGAGAUAGAUGUGUUUGGUGUGAGUGCUAAGCCAACAACGGUGUUGGUCAAUGGGGUUGCUGCUAAAAAGUUUUCAUACAACCCAAUUGGGCAACAAUUGGCUGUAAGCGAGUUGGCUCUCAAUUCGGUGUCGUUUCGUAUAACACAUCUCUCGCCUAAUGUGUUGCGAAUACGUGUGACUGACUCUAAUCGCACCCGAUAUGAGCCCCCACUCCCGCAACUCAAUCUACCCAAACCCGUAGCCGUGAGUCCGCUCUAUUCACUCGACCCCAUCGAGCAUGGUGUUGUGACGAUAAGACGAAAAUCGACAAAAACAAUCAUAUUUCAAACGGACGUAACAAAGCUGGUGUUUGCUGACCAAUUCAUCCAGCUUAAAUCACUGCUCAGUUCGCACCAGGUGUACGGCAUUGGUGAACAAAAGGCCAAAUUCCUAAAAGAUACCCAGUGGCAAAUAUACACAAUAUUCAACCAUGAUCAACUUGUACAAGAAAAGCACCCGGAGUACGGUUCCCACCCCUUCCACCUGAACGUCGAGGACAACAGCACCGGUCUAUCGCACGGCGUGUUUCUGCACAACUCCAACGCUAUGGACCUACUGUUACAGCCGGAGCCGGCCAUCACUUGGCGGACCAUUGGAGGCAUUUUAGACAUGUUUGUAUUUUUGGGUCCCAAUCCGGCAGAUGUGGCCCGAGAUUACGUCAGUCUCGUGGGUAAGCCUGAAAUACCCCCGUUUUGGGGUCUGGGCUAUCAUCAGUGCCGGUGUUGUAGCGAACCCAGCACUUUGGCCGCCCAGAAGGUGAUCACUGAGCGCACGAUCGCCGCCGGCAUACCCUUUGACACCCAAUGGAAUGCCAAGGAGUAUAUGGAGACCACGUUUGAUGAUUUCACGGUAGACCAGAAACGGUAUAAAGGGUUUGGCGAUUGGGUCCGACAUUUGCACGAUAUUGGUAUGCAUUACGUGCCUAUUGUUGACCCGGGCAUCGAUCCCGUUAAUAAACCCGGUACUUACCCACCCUACGAUGAUGGAGUGAGCAUGGAUAUAUUUAUCAAGAACCACACCGAUGGUAUAUUUGUUGGCCACACGUGGCACACGAGGGGCAAAACAGUUUGGCCCGACUUUUCGCACCCGAACUCUACCGAAUACUGGACCAAACAGUUCCGGGAGUUUCACAAACAGGUGCCCAUCGAUGGCGCCUGGAAUGACAUGAACGAGAUUGACAACCAGAUUAGCCAAUCGAUACACGGAUGCCCUAAGGGUAACUCACUUGAGUCGCCCCCAUAUGUGCCAAAACAACUGAGUAAAAUGCAAGACCACACACUCUGCAUGACUGCCAAAUCGCACGCCGGAGUUGAAUAUAAUGUGCAUAAUUUGUAUGGCAUUUACGAGGCUAUGGCUACAGAUAAAGCGUUGAAAGAGGUGCGUCAAAAGCGGUCAUUUGUCAUAUCCCGGGCCACAUCGCCCGGUCAGGGCAAGUACUCCGGGCACUGGGAUGGAGACAUUGAUACUGACUAUUCAAGCAUGCAGUGGACUAUCCCUUCAAUUAUGAAUAUGAAUAUGUUUGGCAUACCGUUAGUCGGCGGCGAUAUAUGCGGUUUUCUAGGUAAAGCUGAAAAUAACACGUUUCAUCAAGAAUUAUGUGCUAGGUGGUUUGAGGUUGGCGCAUUUUAUCCAUUUUCCAGAAAUCAUAACACAAAGAAAAUGGACCAAGAUCCAGUGGCCAUGGGCACCAUGGUGACUCGAGCGGCCAAACAGGCACUAGAAACCAGAUACGCGCUACUUCCCUACUUAUAUACCUUAUUUUACCAAGCUAAAGUCAACGCUGACACUGUAGCUAGACCACUAUUUUUUGAAUUCCCAACCGAUAAGCACACAUACGAACCGGCAGUGGCCGAGAGACAGUUUAUGUGGGGCCAGGCAUUUAUGAUAGCGCCUGUAGUUGAACCUAAUGUUACAAAAAUUAAACCCUACUUACCGGCGGGUGUUUGGUAUCCGUUUGAAUACCCAAAGUUUGAUAAUCCUAUUGUGAGUAGCGGUCAGUUCAUGGAGUUUGACGCCCCGGUAGACAAAGUGAAUACAUUCCUGAGGGCUGGACAUGUGGUGCCGAUACUACCUUCUCGACAGACAACAACUGCUAUGAGAAAGGAAAAGUUUACCUUGCUCAUCUUUUUAGAUAAUUCAGGGUCAGCCCCAGUUACUGCCCAUGGUCAGUUAUAUUGGGACGAUGGUGAUUCAAUAGACCCUGUUGAACAGAAACAGUAUACUCUGGUUACUUUUGAUGCCACUGAUAGUACCCUGGUUACAAAACCAGAACAUAAUGGCUAUACUGGCGCUGUAUUGGUGGGCGAGAUAGAUGUGUUUGGUGUGAGUGUUAAGCCAACUACGGUGUUGGUCAAUGGUGUGGCGGCUAAAAAGUUUUCAUUCAAUCCCAUUGGGCAACAACUGGCAAUAAGUGAACUAGAACUUAAUAUGGGCACAACAUAUUCGGGUUAUAAAGUUCUUCACGUGUCUGAGGGCUCAGACCAUACGUUGGUAGAGCUCGAGCGCGAGACCCCAUCGGGAUUUCCCAACGAUAUAAAGUCGGUGUCGUUUCGUAUAACACAUCUCUCGCCUAAUGUGUUGCGAAUACGUGUGACUGACUCUAAUCGCACCCGAUAUGAGCCCCCACUCCCGGAACUCAAUCUUCCCAAACUCAUACCUAAAGACCCUCUUUAUACGGUUGACCCGAUCGAGCAUGGUGUUGUGACAAUAAGACGACAAUUGACAAAAACACCCAUAUUUCAAACGGACGUAACUAAAUUAGUGUUUUCCGACCAAUUCAUCCAGCUCAAGUCACUGCUCAGUUCGCAUCAGGUGUACGGUAUUGGUGAGCAAAAGGCCAAAUUCCUGAAGGAUACCCAGUGGCAAAUAUACACGAUAUUCAAUCAUGAUAAUCUUGUACAAGAAAAGCAUCCAGAGUAUGGUUCCCAUCCUUUCUACCUGAACGUCGAGGACAACAGCACCGGUCUAUCGCACGGCGUGUUUCUGCACAACUCCAACGCUAUGGACCUACUGUUACAGCCGGAGCCGGCCAUCACUUGGCGUACAAUUGGGGGCAUUUUAGACAUGUUUAUAUUCCUCGGUCCCAAUCCGGCAGACGUUGCCCGAGACUAUGUCAGUCUCGUGGGUAAGCCUGAAAUACCCCCGUUUUGGGGUCUGGGCUAUCAUCAGUGCCGGUGCUGUAGUGAACCGCACACUCUGGCCGCCCAAAAGUUAAUAACUGAGCGCACGAUCGCCGCCGGCAUACCCUUUGACACCCAAUGGAAUGCCAAGGAGUAUAUGGAACCGACAUUUGAUGAUUUCACGAUAGAUCAAGAUCGAUGGGCCGGGUUUGGCGAUUGGGUCCGACAUUUACAUGAUAUUGGUAUGCAUUACGUGCCCAUUAUGGACCCGGGCAUUGAUCCCGUUAAUAAGCCUGGUACGUACCCACCAUACGACGAUGGAGUGAGCAUGGAUAUAUUUAUCAAGAACCACACCGAUGGUAUAUUUGUUGGCCACACGUGGCACACGAGGGGUAAAACAGUUUGGCCCGACUUUUCUCACCCGAAAUCUGUCGACUACUGGACCAAACAAUUUCGGGAGUUUCACAAACAGGUGCCCAUCGAUGGCUCCUGGAAUGACAUGAACGAGAUCGCCAACGGUAUGAGCUCGUCGGUCAACGGGUGCCCAAAGGGUAACCCACUUGAGUCGCCCCCAUAUGUGCCAAAACAACUUAGUAAACUGCAACACCACACACUCUGUAUGACUGCCAAACAUUACGCUGGAGUUGAAUAUAAUGUGCAUAAUUUGUAUGCAAUUUAUGAGGCUAUGGCUACUGAUAAGGCUUUGAAGGAAGUGCGCCAAAAGCGAUCAUUUGUCAUAUCCCGGGCCACAUCGCCCGGUCAGGGCAAGUACUCCGGGCACUGGGAUGGAGACAUUGAUACUGACUAUUCAAGCAUGCAGUGGACUAUUCCAUCUAUUAUGAAUAUGAAUAUGUUUGGCAUACCGUUAGUCGGCGGCGAUAUAUGCGGGUUUCUGGGCAAAGCAGAAAACAACACGUUUCACCAGGAGUUGUGUGCUAGGUGGUUUGAGAUUGGUGCAUUUUAUCCAUUUUCCAGAAAUCAUAACACAAAGAAAAUGGACCAGGAUCCAGUGGCCAUGGGCACCAUGGUCACUCGUGCGGCAAAACAGGCGUUGGAAACCCGAUACGCCCUGCUGCCAUAUUUAUACACUCUUUUUUACCAAGCUAAAGUUAACGGCGACACUGUGGCUAGACCACUAUUCUUUGAAUUCCCAGCCGAUAAGCACACAUACGAAUCGGCAGUGGCUGAGCGUCAGUUUAUGUGGGGCCAGGCGUUUAUGAUAGCGCCUGUAGUUGAACCAAAUGUGACCAAAAUUAAGCCCUACUUACCGGCGGGUGUUUGGUAUCCGUUUGAAUAUCCAAAGUUUGAUAAGUCUAUUGUGAGUAGCGGUCAGUUUAUGGAGUUUGACGCCCCGGUAGACAAAGUGAAUACAUUCUUAAGGGCCGGACAUGUGGUGCCGAUACUACCAACUCGACAGACCACCACUGCUAUGAGAAAGGAAAAGUUUACCUUGCUCACCUUUUUGGAUAAAUCAGGGUCAGCCCCUGUUACUGCACAUGGUCAGUUAUAUUGGGACGAUGGUGAUUCAAUAGACCCCGUUGAACAGAAACAGUAUACUCUGGUUACUUUUAAUGCCACAGAUAGCACCUUGGUUACAAAACCAGAACAUAAUGGCUAUACUGGCGCUGUAUUGGUGGGUGAGAUAGAUGUGUUUGGUGUGAGUGUUAAGCCAACAACUGUGUUGGUCAAUGGUGUGGCGGUUAAAAAUCGGGCCCAGGAGUGUACAGGUGUUAGUGUCGACCAGCGUAUAGACUGCGCGCCCGAACGGACAGUCACUGAGGCUGAGUGUACGGCACGGAAGUGCUAUAAAUACAUACCGACAUGCUUUAUACCGAAGACUUAUUCGGUGGGUCACGUGUCUGAGGGCUCAGACCAUACGUUGGUAGAUCUCUCUCGCGAGACCCCAUCGGGAUUUCCCAACGAUAUAAAGUCGGUGUCGUUUCGUAUAACACAUCUCUCGCCUAAUGUGUUGCGAAUACGUGUGACUGACUCUAAUCGCACCCGAUAUGAGCCCCCACUCCCACAACUCAAUCUUCCCAAACCUGUAGCCGUGAGUCCGCUCUAUUCACUCGACCCCAUCGAGCAUGGUGUUGUGACUAUAAGACGAAAAUCGACAAAAACACCCAUAUUUCAGACGGACGUAACAAAACUAGUAUUUGCUGACCAAUUCAUCCAGCUCAAAUCACUGCUCAGUUCGCACCAGGUAUACGGCAUUGGGGAACAAAAAGCGAGAUUCCUGAAGGACACUCAGUGGCAAAUAUACACCUUAUUCAACCAUGAUAAACAUCCCAAAGAAAAGACCCCGUUGUACGGCUCCCACCCGUUCCACCUGAACGUCGAGGACAACAGCACCGGUCUAUCGCACGGUGUGUUUCUGCACAACUCCAACGCUAUGGACCUACUGUUACAGCCGGAGCCGGCCAUCACGUGGCGCACCGUUGGCGGCAUUUUAGACCUAUUCGUAUUCGUGGGUCCGGAGCCGGCGGACGUCAUCAGACAGUACGUGAGUCUCGUGGGUCGGCCUGAAUUGCCACCGUUUUGGGCGCUGGGCUAUCAUCAGUGCCGGUGCUGUACUGAACCGCACACUCUGGCCAACCAAAAGGUUAUAACUGAGCGCACGAUCGCCGCCGGAAUACCGUUUGACACCCAAUGGAAUGCCAAGGAGUAUAUGGAGCCGACGUUUGAUGAUUUCACUGUAGACCAGAACCGGUACAAAGGGUUUGGCGAUUGGGUCCGACAUUUGCACGAUAUUGGUAUGCAUUACGUGCCUAUUGUUGACCCCGGUAUUGAUCCCACUAUGAAAGCUGGCACAUACCCGCCCUAUGACGAUGGCGUGAGCAUGGACAUAUUUAUCAAGAAUCACACCGAUGGCAUAUUUGUGGGCCGAAUGUGGCAAACGUCGGGCAAAACAGUGUAUCCCGAUUUUUCGCACCCAAAAGCCACCGAAUACUGGACCAAACAGUACCGAGAGUUUCAUAAACAGGUACCUAUUGAUGGCUCCUGGAAUGAUAUGAACGAGCUUGCUAACAUUAUGGAUCAUCCCGACAAAGCAUGCCCAAUGAGCAACCCACUGGAGUCACCCCCAUAUAUACCAAAACAAAUGAGCAAGAUGCCUGAAAAUACCCUGUGCAUGACCACUAAACAGCAUGCAGGUGUUUUCUACAAUGUGCAUAACUUAUACGCUUUUUAUAUGGCUAUGGCUACAGAUGUAGCGUUGAGAGAAGUGCGCCAAAAGCGACCGUUUGUCAUAUCCCGGGCCACAUCGCCCGGUCAGGGCAAGUACUCCGGGCACUGGGAUGGAGACACUUUCACCGACUAUUCAAACCUCCAGUGGACUAUCGCUUCUGUAAUGAAUAUGAAUAUGUUUGGCAUACCGUUAGUCGGGGGCGAUAUAUGCGGUUUCACGGGCUCGGCAUCGAACAACACGUUUCACCAGGAGUUGUGCGCUAGGUGGUUUGAGAUCGGUGCGUUUUAUCCGUUUGCCAGAAAUCAUAACGAGAAGAAAAUGGACCAAGAUCCAGUGGCUAUGGGCACCAUGGUCACCCGGGCGGCCAAGAAAGCGCUGGAAACCCGAUACGCCCUACUACCUUAUUUAUAUACCUUGUUCUACCAAGCUAAAAUCAAUGCCGACACUGUAGCUCGACCGGUAUUUUUUGAAUUCCCCGCCGAUAAACACACGUACGAACCGGCAGUGGCCGAGAGCCAGUUCAUGUGGGGCCAGGCAUUUAUGAUAGCGCCUGUAGUUGAACCCAAUGUGACCAAAAUCAAGCCCUACUUACCGGCGGGUGUUUGGUAUCCGUUUCAUUACCCUACGUUUGAUAAGCCUAUUGUGAGUAGCGGUCAGUUCAUGGAGUUUGACGCCCCGGUAGAGAAAGUGAAUACAUUCAUAAGGGCCGGACAUGUGGUGCCAAUACUACCCGUCCAGCAAACAACCACUGCUAUGAGGAAAGAAAAGUUCAUCAUCAUGGCUUUUCUGGAUAAAGCCGGAGCCCAUGGUCAAUUAUAUUGGGACGAUGGUGAUUCAAUGAACACAGUUGAGAAUGGACAGUAUACCCUGGUUAAUUUUGAGGCGACUAAUAAUAACCUCAUUAUAAAACCAGUACACAAUGGCUAUACUGGCGCUGUAUUGGUUGGCGAGAUAGAUGUGUUUGGUGUGAGUGUUAAGCCAACAGUGGUGUUGGUCAAUGGUGUGGCGGCUAAAAAGUUUUCAUACAACCCCAUUGGGCAACAAUUGGCAGUGAGUGAGCUGGAGCUUAAUCUGGGUGUAGAAACACAUUUAGUUGAAUGGAAAUAA